AUGUUAUACUUUAAGAAAUAUAUAAUAGGUGGCGUGUUAAUCUCUUGCUUUGCAUUAUAUGAAUGCAAAACAAAUAAUGCUCACCAAGAUGUAAGAAGAUUUCCCGAUGGAUUCUUGUUUGGAACAGCUACGGCUUCUUAUCAGGUUGAGGGGGCCUGGGAUGCUGAUGGAAAAACUGAAAAUAUUUGGGAUCAUUUAACUCAUACGGAACCAUGCGCUAUAAAGGAUUGUUCUAAUGGAGAUAUUGCAGCUAACUCCUAUAAUUUCUAUAAGAGGGAUGUAGAAAUGAUGAGAGAAUUGGGACUUGACUUUUAUAGAUUUUCUCUUUCAUGGACUAGAAUUCUCUCCUCUAGUUUUCCUGACAAAAUAAACGAAGCAGGCGUGGAAUAUUACAAUAAUUUGAUUAAUGAGAUGCUAAAAUAUAAUAUUGAGCCCAUGGUGACGUUGUAUCAUUGGGAUUUACCACAAAAGCUACAGGAACUAGGAGGAUGGACAAACCCUCAUAUAGUGGAUUGGUUUGGCGACUACGCUCGUACUGCAUUUAACCUCUUUGGAGACAGAGUUAAAUAUUGGAUAACUAUGAAUGAACCACGUGAAAUUUGCUAUCAAGGUUAUGGUUCAGAUACGAUGGCACCUAGACUGAACAUCCAAGGAAUAGCUGAAUAUAUGUGUGCGAAGAAUUUAUUGGUAGCACAUGCAAGAGCUUACCAUAUAUAUGAUCAAGAAUUCAGGGCCAUACAAAAUGGUAUAAUCGGAUUGACAAUAAGCGCUGGUUACUCGGCACCAGCAUCUGAUAGCGAAGAGGACAUUAUUGCUGCCAAAGACUCCAGUUUGUUUGAGUGGGGUAUAUAUGCUUAUCCAAUAUAUUCAGAAACUGGCGAUUUCCCUCCAGUCAUGAAGAAGAGAAUAGCAGCGAAAAGUGCAGAACAGGGUUUCCGUAGAUCCCGGUUGCCUGAAUUCAGCCCAGAAGAAAUAAAAUAUGUACACGGGUCAUCCGAUUUCUUCGGGUUGAAUCAUUAUACAUCUAGUUACGUUUAUCGAAAUGCAUCAGUUGAAUCUGUGGAGUCUCCAUCUUUUUACGACGAUCUGGGAACAGGCGGAUUCAUUCUGGAUGAAUGGGAAGAUUCUGCGUCUAGUUGGUUGAAGGUUGUACCAUGGGGUCUCUACGAACUCUUAAAACAAAUAAAAGAAGAUUACAACAAUCCUCCUGUAUAUAUCACUGAAAACGGAUUCUCAACUUAUGUUGGUUUGGAUGACGACAAGCGCAUAUCGUACUAUAGACAAUACUUGGAUGCUGUAUUAGAUGCCAUAGAUGAGGGUUGCAAUGUUCAGGUUUACACUGCUUGGAGCCUUUUGGAUAAUUUCGAAUGGAUGCAAGGAUAUAGCGAGCGAUUCGGCCUGUACGAGGUGGACUACGAUAGUCCGGAACGCACGCGCACCCCACGCAAAUCCGCCUUCGUGUACAAAGAGAUAGUACGAACACGUACUCUUGACUUCAGCUAUGAACCCGUCACAAAUGUUAUGACUAUAGACGAAGGACAUUAUAAUUGCAAUUUGUAUUCAAAACUUAACGCUUUAGCUGCUCAUUUAAAUUCUUUGUAUUUCUUUUCUUUUACAUUUACGUUUUAUUUAAGAUUUUUAAUAUUGCUUAUAAAACAAGCUACAAUCUCCGAGUGUAAUGGAACUCCUGGGGUGCGCAAAAGUAGACAAUUUCCGGAUGGUUUCUUAUUCGGCACAGCCACAGCUUCAUAUCAAGUAGAAGGAGCCUGGGACGAAGAUGGAAAAUCCGAAAAUAUUUGGGACCAUCUCACUCAUACGAACCCUUGUGCGAUUAAGGAUUGCUCUUCUGGGGAUAUCGCUGACGAUUCUUAUCAUCAGAUAGAAAGAGAUGUGGAAAUGAUGAGAGAACUAGGACUGGACUUUUACAGGUUUUCUUUAUCUUGGUCUCGUAUAUUACCUACUAGUUUCCCUAAUGAAAUAAAUGAGGCUGGAGUUGCAUACUAUAACAAAUUAAUUAAUGAGAUGCUCAAAUACAAUAUUGAACCCAUGGUAACAUUGUAUCAUUGGGAUUUGCCACAAAAACUCCAAGAAUUGGGUGGAUGGGCUAACCCACAUAUAGGAGACUGGUUUGGUGAUUAUGCACGCACUGCGUUUACCCUCUUUGGAGACAGAGUCAAAUAUUGGUGGGGACAAUAUGCUCAUCCUAUAUUCUCUGAAAAUGGCGACUUUCCUGUAAUAAUGAAAGAAAGAGUAGCCACUAAAAGUGCAGCCCAAGGAUUCUCCAGAUCCAGGUUACCUGAGUUUACCCCUGAAGAAGUAAACUACGUACGGGGAAGCUCAGAUUUCUUCGGAUUAAACCAUUACACGUCAAAUUUAGUAUAUAGGAAUGAAUCUGUGAGCGAAAUAAAUGAAUCUCCAUCAUUAAAUGAUGAUAUAGAUGCAGUGACGUACCAACCAAGCUACUGGGAAGGUGCAGCAUCGAACUGGCUAAAGGUUGCACCUUGGGGUUUCGUUAAACUUUUAAGACAAAUUAAGGAAGUCUAUAAUAAUCCUCCUGUGUAUAUAACUGAGAAUGGGUUCUCAACUUUUGGCGGCUUGGUCGAUGAUGAUCGCAUCAAUUACUAUAGGCAGUAUUUGAACGCACUACUCGAUGCCAUAAAGACCGGAUCUAACGUUCAAGCGUAUGCAGCGUGGAGUCUUAUGGACAACUUCGAAUGGAUGGAAGGAUAUACCGAACGAUUUGGACUGUAUGAGGUAGACUACCGUAGUCCUGAGCGGACACGCACCCCUCGAAAGUCUGCCUUCGUAUACAAGGAAAUCAUACGGACACGUGCCCUCGACUGGGACUAUGAACCUGACACUUCUGUGAUGACCAUCGACGAAGGUCAUUAAAAUAUUAACCCGUUUCAACCGCAUUCUAUACGGCGCUAUUCAUAACAUAUCAUCAUUCUUUAUUCUAAUACCUAAUUUAUAGGUACAAGUACGGAAUUAGUCGAUAAACCGGUACGUAAUUAUUGUUUUUGGGUGUUCCUGAGAAGACCUAUGUCAAUAGCAUUUCAAAAUCGUAAUGGAUCCGUCCGUUGGUGUAAAUAAUAUAGACUAAUAAAUAAA